AUGUCAACUAGUGGUUUAAAUAAUGGGCUUUCAAUCAAUUCAAGUUUAACAAUAUCACAACCACCUUCGCAACAACAGCAACAAAAUGAACAAAACCAAUCUUCAACAACAUCAUCGUUAUCUACCACCACACCAACACCUUUAGUAUCAUCAUCUUCGACAUCAAAUUUAACACAAUUACAACAACAGCAAAAAAUACAGCAACAACAGCAAUUACUACAAAAGUAUCAAUUUACAUCAUCGGUACAACCAACACAACAUAUGAAUGUCUCAUCCCCAUCGAAUAUAAAUUUAAAAUUAAACAACUCAAAUUUACAAAAUAUGAAUAUUGACCAGUUCCAGCAAUUAAGUAUACCCCAGCAAUCUCAUUACUUUAUUCAGCCACACGAAAACCAUAUAACAUUAUUAGAUAGUUCAAAUAAACAGAUUGGCAGAUUAAAAAUAAAACAAACUGGUAUAGAUAUAAUAAGUUUAGAGAUUGAAAAAACCAUACCAAAUUAUGAAGUGAUUGUACAAAAUAAUUCAAAAAGAUUAUAUUUUAGAGGCUUAAUAAACUCAAUUGGUAAAGUCCCAAAUUUAUGCGAAGAUAGUCAUUUUUUAAGUAAAGAUUUUACAGCAGUAGGCGUAGCGGAUGGUGUGGGAUCUUGGAGGAAUAUAGGGGUCGAUGCAGGUGAAUACAGCAGAUUUUUAAUGAACAAUAUAAAUAAUUUAACGCAAUUAGCGCCCUAUCUAAAACCAUUCGAACUUAUUGAAACUGUCUAUAGAGAAUCUGUAAAUAUACCGGGCAGUUCAACAAUUUGUAUUUUAAAAAUAAUUGGUUCAAAAGUUUAUAGUGGUUUAAUAGGGGACUCUUCAUAUAUUAUAAUAAGAAAAGAUCAAAUUUUUUAUAGAUCAACCGAACAGACUCAUAAACCAAAUUUCCCAUUUCAAUUAGGUCAGAGUAGUAACGAUAAACCAUCAUCAGGUGCAUAUAUGGAACAUUCAGUUUUGGAAAAUGAUAUUUUUGUAAUAGGCACAGAUGGAUUUUUCGAUAAUAUUUUUGAUCACGAAAUUUUAAACGCUAUUAAAGAAGUUUCUUCAAUCGAACAUUUUUUUAAUCAUUUAAUUGAAUUGGCAAAAACCAAAUCUCAAGAUGUCAAUGCCUCAACCCCAAUCGCAAAAAGAAAUCAGACCAAAGGUGGUAAACCUGAUGAUAUUACAGUUGGAAUCGCAAAUAUUCAAAAGUUUAUUUCACCCACACCACAUAUAGAUGACAUUAAUAAUGAUAUCACAAAUCUAGUACUUUCAGGCGAGGUUGGUGGAUCAGGGAAUAGCGGUAGUGGUAAUAACAGUCCUACAGCCACUUCUACUGGUUCUUCAAAUACAUCAACAAUUUCAAGGAAAUCAAUUGGGUAUACAAGUAACGUCAACACAGCAACUUCAAACGUUCCAUUGCAUGAAGCAGUUGGUGAAGGACUACUUUUAGGCAAAAAUGAUUUUUGUUAUGGUUUAGGAAUGAAAACACCGGAAGUACCAUUUUUAUUUACCAAAUUAACAGAUUCAGGUAUAAAAUGUUUUGAUUGUUUAGAAAAUGAUUUGCCAAAUGUAAUAAAUGAUGAAGAGAAUGUUAUUUCAUCAUUUGAUUAUAUUUUUACAGAUUUUAUUGGGGAAAAUAUAGUACCAUUGGCAAAUGGUCAAUAUAAAUGUCAAAUUGAUCAACUAAAAUUUUCAACAGAAAGAGAAGCUAUAGAUCACAUGAGAAGGGACCACAAAUCACUAAUAUUUUCAAUGAUCGCAUUAAUUGCUGAUGAUAAUGAAACCAGUUUUUCAGGCAAUUUCUUUACAAAAUUAAUGUAUUCAGAUAGUUUUUACUCAUCAUAUCCAGUACCAACAGCUUCUUUUUCAUCAAUUAUGCCAUUUAAUAUUACAUCAAAGAAUAGUAACAGUAGUAAUAAUAAUAAUAAUAAUAAUACUAUUACAACUACUACUACUACUACCACUACUACCACUACUACUACCACCACUAUAAAUAAUUCAUCACCCACACUUUCACCACCAAACUCUCCAAAGGAUAUAAAUCAAGUAACACCAACUAUAACACCAAGACAACAAAUUAGUUUUAUAGAGAAUAAACGUUUACCAAGUGUUAUAGCACCAUCAAUACCAUUUUCAAUUCAGGAGCAGGUUAAAUAUCAAUUAGAUAAACAACAUCAAUUAGCUAUUCAAAUUAAAAAUUCAUUUAAAGGAAAAACAAAAAAACAACAUAUUCAUCAAAUUUCACCAUUCCACAUUCCUUCAAAAUUAGUUAUUGAACCAAAGAGUUGUUUUUCAAAUUUAUUUCCAAAAGAAGAAUUAACAGAGUUAGCAUUCUCUUUGUUUGGUGAAAAUCUUAAAUCAACUACUUCAUUAGAAUACAGAGAAAAUGCAAAAACCGUAGUCAGCAAACAUAUCGAGUUAUCUCUUAGUGAAUCUGAAGAAUCUAGAAUGACCAGAGAACAAGAUUUAAUCAAUAGAGUGGUUAUAAAUGUUAAAGAAAAAGUUGUUUCAAAUUUUAAAGAGGAAACUCUUAGAUUACAAAACAAAAAGAAUAAAAUUUCUCCAAUUAGUGAUAAUAACAGUGGUAAUAAUAGUAAUAACAACAAUAAUACACAAAAAUCAACAACAAAUAAAAUAAUGGAUGAAAAAUUAAAAUUGGAAAAAGAACUCUUGGAAAGAGAAAGAAAAGAAAAAGAACAAAAAGAAAGAAAAGAAAAAGAGCGUUUAGAAAAAGAGAGAAAAGAAAGAGAACGUGUAGAAAAAGAGAAACAAGAAAGAGAGAAAAGAGAAAAAGAGAAAAAAGAAAAAGAAUUAGAGAAAGAGAAGGAAAGAAAAGAAAAGAAUAAGCAACAGCAACAGCAGCAACAACAACAACCAUCAACAUCCAAAUCAAAGAAAUCAAAUAAAAAAUCAACACAACCUCCACCAUUAUUUAACGAAAAUGAAUUUACUGAAGAGGAACUAGAGUUAAUUUUAAUGGAAAUUGCCCAAGAGAUAGUUGAUGAAGUCACUGAUGAACUUUGUGUAAAGGUUUCAAAGAAAUUAUAUCUUGAUGACAAGAGAAAGAAAAAUAAAGAAGAAAAAGAGUUACAGGAGAAAUUAGAAAAAGAAAAAUUAGAAAAAGAAAAGGAACAAGAAAGAUUAGAGAGACAAUUAAAAAUUCAAAAAGAAAAAGAAGAAAAAGAACGUAGAGAAAAAGAAAAAGAAAAAGAAAAAGAACUUCAAGAAAAAUUAGAAAAAGAAAGGAAGGAACUUGAAGAAAAAGAAAAAGAGUUACAGGAAAAAUUAGAAAAAGAAAGAAAGGAACAGGAAGAUCAAUUUAUUGAUGGUUUAUUGGAGGAAUUUAUUGGUGAACUAGUUGAUGAAGAAAUUUCAAUUAUAGCAGAUACCACAUUAAAAGAGUUUAAAUCUACUAGUAAUAAGAUUAAUCAACCACAACCACCAUCACAACCAUUAUCACAACCACAACCAUUAUUACAACCACAAUCACAACCACCAUCAUUAUCACAACCACAACCACAACAUAAUAAUAAAUCUAAACCAUUCUCAGAUUUAAGUGCAAAUUCUUCACAUUUUAUUCCUCAAGCAAAUACUCCACCAAUAUCACCUCUAUCAAACUCCUCCCAACCUUAUACUCCAGCUUCAUUUAAACUACAAGCACAAUCACAAGCUAUUAAAAACAAUACACAACCUAAAUUAAAUGAACAUUAUUUCAAUAGUAAUAAUAAUAUAAUGAAUAGUAAUAAUAAUAUAAUGAAUAGUAAUAAUAAUAUAAUGAAUAAUAAUAUGAAUGUUAUUAACAAAAAUGAUCCAAGAUAUCAAUAUUACUUUGAAUUACAUUCAUCAAAAAAUCAAUCACAAAAUAACUCUCCAUCAGGUGCAAAUAAAAAUAAUAUACAUGCCCCAAUCAGUCAAAAACCAAAUGGCUUACAGGAUAUGAGGUUAGGUGUUAAUAAUUCAAUGCUCGAUACAUCAGUUUAUAAGAAUAGCAUGGGUAAUCCUAUUCCUCAGCAAGGUGAAUCCGAAUCAUUACCAUCAUAUUAUAUCAAAUUACUAGAAAGUUAUGGUUUUAUUUUCGAACUUACAGCUUCAUUUAAUACCUAUAAUUUAUUUUCAAAUAUAAUUGAUGUGGUCGAGUAUUUCCAUCUUUUAGGUUUCCAAUUCCAAUCAGAACAAGAUAUUGAAAAAGCAACCAAAACCAGUAUGCCACCAAUUAUAGUUUCUAAAUUUUCUAAUUUAAUUUUAUUAUUAAGACAACAACAAUAUCAGCAACAAUAUCAACAACAACAACAACAGCAACAACAACAACAACAACAACAACAACAACAACAACAACAACAACAACAAAAUCAACAACAACACCAGUAUCAAUAUCAACAACAAAAUCAUAAUCAGAAUCAAAAUCAAAACCAAACCCUAAAUCCUCAAAGUGUAACACCUUUCAACAAUUUCGCUCGACAACCAGUAAUUAAAUCACCAUCACCACCUCCAAUAAAAACUAAUGACCACAACUUUAAUCAAGUGCUAUUAGAUCCAAACAAUUUCAUUUUAAAUGAUCAAUAUAAUAGAACCAUAUCACCAAAUAAUUAA